GUAUGUUGCAAGGAACGGCAAGGCCUUCGAAGACAUGAUCCGAGAGCGCGAAGGCGCCAACCCCAAGUUCACCUUCUUGCGCGAGAAAGGGGAGGGAUGCGAAUAUUUCCGAUGGAGGGUGUACUGCCUGCAGAUGAAGUUUGAGAAGCAUGAAAUGGAUGCCAUGCUGCGAGAAGCUUUCCCUCCGCUGGGCGAGGAGGACCUCAACACUUUCAAGGAGAUGUUGACUUCGCUCACGGGAUCCAAGGAUCACAUCCGAUCGAUGCGAGCAUGGAUUAUGUCCCACGAGGAGAACGUAGAGUUCAUCUGCGAGCAUUUCCACGCGCGGAUUAUCAGCAUUAAGGAGUUCCAACCAAGGUUACACAUCGUAUAUGUCCUCAACGACGUGCUGCAUGCCUGCCUCAAGAAGCGGAUGGAUCCAUCGAUCAUCGAUGUGACUUCGGAGAGGAUCUUUCGACACGUCCUCCGUCUCCUGCACCCGACGUUCCAGGACGAACCUGAUGCGGAGAACAGAGGGAAGAUCUCGAAAGUUCUCGGGCUCUGGAGGGAGAGGAACAUUUUCUCACCUCAGGAGAUCGAGCAGGCGAUGUCGGACAGAAACGCUAUCAUACCCUCACCGACGGUCGACCUGGAUAGCUUGGGAAGCUUUCAAUCAGCGAUGAGCAGGAAGCAGCCUCCAGCUCCGAACAUGCCUCAUCCUCUGCAAGCUGCCCCUCCUUCCCUCCCUCCUCCCCUGCCCGUCCCUCCUCAGCAUCCCUCGGCGCAAAACUUUGUCAUCCCUCCAACCCAGAAUUUUCACCCUCCUAUCCCCCCACCUCAAACGAUCCCUCCUCCCCUGCCCCCGGCCCAACAGUCCCUUCCUCCUCCCGCCCAGCCCCCCAAGGCUCCUAUUCAGAUCCAGCUCUCCUCGGCCCCACCCGCCAUGCCCCCUCAGAAGCAGCUCCCCCUCCAUCAUGGAUUCAGCUCCUCAGGUGACGCUAUCGCCACCUGCCGUCCAGCUGACAGGCAGGCAGCGCGGCCACCGACCCAGGGCUUCAGCUGGAAGGCGCCCGACGAGAUCCCAGCUGGGCUGAGCCUGUUGGACAGCCUGGAUAAGUUCUACAGCGAGCCGAUCGUCAACCGCGUAUUGCAGAUGGCUCGUGAGAGCAAUAUCGACCCGAAAAACGUACAAGACGUCAACAAGAUGCAAGAAGAGGAGGUUAACCCUGACGGUCUAUCGGGAGUCCCAGCAACGAGGGCUGCUUUGAGCUGGAGCACGCCGAGGAAGAUCGUCCCCAAGAUCUCGAACCAGAUCGUCGGGAUCAAGAACCUGAAGAAGCAGACGGAAGAGGACGAUGACGUGGCAGACGUGUUUAAGAGUAUG